AUGCAGGAUGAGGAGCUCCCAGACCUUGUCUUUCACCCUCCACAGCUGAGAGCUCAUUCGGGGGUGCAGUGGACUGGGGAGCUGCAGAUCCUCAGUGGGACUCUGACCCAAGCACCAGCUGCUACCUGCAUCCUCACCAGGAGCCCUCUGCCAGGGGAAAGGUUUGAGGAGCCUGUCUCCUACCAUCUCCUCCAGACGUCAUCCUUUCACAACCACUCCUGGGUACAUCUGAGCUCAGGCUGGUUGGGGGAGCUGCAGAUUCACAGAUGGAACAGCAGCUCUGAUGCCAUCAUUUACCUGUAUCCCUGGUCCAGGGGCAACUUCAGUAACAGGGAGUUGGAGGAUCUGGAAAGGUUUCUCCGGGUAAACUCCAUUGGAAUUCAGGAAUUUUACACUGAUUACUUCAUGUCUGAAGAAAUCAGCCAGUCCCCUCCCUUCCUCAUAUUAUCGUCUCUUCCUCCACCUCCAGCUCCUACCAGUUCCCCUUUCUGUGAACCUCAGACCAAACCACACUGUGGUCCAUCCCCUAAACUCCCCAAACUCCCUUCUGCUUUUAUAGUCUUUUGCUUUCAUCUCAUUCCAUUUUCUCCCUUUUCUCCUCUAAUUCAUGACUCUUCUUCCCCAGAUCCCUUUGAUCUACAGAUUGCAACAGGCUGUGAACUGCACUCUGGGAAGGGCUUCCUAGGCUUGAAGCAUGUAGCUACCCAAGGACAUGACUUCAUGAGCUUCCAGAAUAAAACAUGGUCACCGUCUCCAGAGGGUGGAAGAAAGGCCCAGAAAGUCUGCAAACUGCUCAGUCAGAACCAAGACUACACACAGAGGUUACACAGGCUCCUCAGUGACACCUGCCCACGUUUCACCUUGGGUCUUCUAGAUGCAGGGAAGGCUCAUCUCCAGCAACAAGUGAAGCCUGAGGCCUGGCUGUCCAGUGGCCCCAGUCCUGGGCCUGGCCGUCUGCUGCUGGUGUGUCAUGUAUCUGGCUUCUACCCAAAGCCCGUGUGGGUGAUGUGGAUGCGAGGUGAGGAGGAGCAGCAGGGCACUCAGAGAGGUGACUUCCUGCCCAAUGCUGAUGGGACGUGGUAUCUCAGAGCAAUCCUGGAUGUGGCAGCUGGGGAGGCGGCUGGCCUGGCCUGCAGGGUGAAGCACAGGAGCCUAGGAGGGCAGGACCUCGUCCUCCACUGGGGUGCACCUCAUAGUGCCCUGGGCUGGAUCCUCUUGGCAGUGAUAGUGGCCCUGGCUCUUCUGACAGGUCUUGGAUUUUGGUUUAGGAAACGCUGGACACACUGUGAAGCUCCCUGCAGUGCUGUCCCUUUGAAGUGAGGACCCAGCUACCCAGGUGCCCAGUCUACACCUGGACACCACAUGGUGAUGACAUCUCUUCAACUGUCCUUGUGAAACCUUGGUAAUUUACCUGGUUCAUGAUCAGUUACCAAUAUGUGCUCAAUGUAAACAAGGGUUUGUUGUUCUGACCUGGCUUCUGUGAAUUUACCUCUGAAUGAAAUAAUAUCCUAGCAAGCUCCACCUGGUUAGAUAUAAUGGAUCAUCAGAUGAAUUUCAGGUGUCACUUCCUCCGGGGGUCCUUUCUGGAUCCACAGUGGGGAGCCCUCUCUCCUCCACCUGUGUGUCCCCACAUGUCACUGUAGCCCUUACUGCCUACUUCUGUGGGCAGUUGUGUAGCUUUGUUUCUUCCUUUAGUUUUUAGAACAUAGAGAGCAAAGCACGUGCUUUUGAAAUAUCUGUAGCCCUGGUGAACUGUCUGGAAUAAAAA